AUGCUGCGACAAGCCGUCCACUCAUUUUUACUUGCUGCCUUCGCAGGCCAAGCCAUGGCUGCUCCUAGCAACUCUUCUUCUUCAUCCGCCAAAGUGCACUGGCUAGGUGAAAAGCCAGGCUUUACAUCAGGAACUACUUUUGGUCUUCCCUGGCCUCAAUCCAAGUACUCUCCCAAGAACACCAAAUUCACUGCUUCUGGCUCAUCCGGUCAAGAUGUCGAUCUUCAAUCGUGGGUCACUGGAUACUGGGCUGAUGGCUCAGUGAAGUGGACCGGCCACGCAAUUGGAGCUUCCCAAGAAGUUCUCGAUGAAUAUGUUGUAAAGGCUGUUCCUUCUGAUGGCGGUAUCAACGCAACUGCAUCUGCUGGUAUUACUGUUACCAAGAGUUCUAGCAAAAUCAAGGUUGAUACUGGCAAAGUCACUGCUGUCUUUCCCAAGAAGGGCUCUGUGCUUGUCAAGGAGAUUGAGACCAACGGAAAGCGCAUCGCUCAGAACGGAAGACUCGUUCUUCAGUCGCAGAAUGGUGUUUCUCACCCCGCUGAUGACAACGCCAAGGCAUUUAAGACGCUGCGCUUCCAGAGCAGCAUUGACAACGUCACUGUCAGUGACCAGAACUCCGCACGAACUCUGGUCACUGUUCGGGGAAAACAUUCAGCGAGUGACAAGUCUGGCCAUAAGUCUUGGCUCCCAUUUGUCCUCCGCUUCUACUUCUACUCUGGCUCCGAGUCGAUCAAGAUCAUACAUAGCUUGGUCUUCGAUGGAGAUGCCGAGAAAGACUUCAUCUCAGCCGUUGGUAUUCGUUUUGACGUCCCUCUGGAGGGCGAGGAGCUGUACAACCGUCAUAUCCGAAUUGCUGGUGUUGAUGGUGGUCUUCUCAGUGAAGCUGUCCAAGGCAUCACUGGUCUUCGGAGAGAUCCUGGUGCCAAUGUUCGAGCUGAUCAAUUCGACGGCAAAAAGUUGCCCGACAUUUCGACCUGGGAUGUUCGCGUCUCCAGCCGUCUUCACUGGAUUCCACCUUGGAAUGACUACAGCUUGAGUCAGCUUUCUGCCGAUGGUUUCACUCUCAAGAAGCGAACCAAGGCCGGCCAAAGCUGGGUCUCCAUUCCUGGCGGUACUCGGGCUGAAGGUUUGGCAUACCUUGGUGGUGCCACAGUUGGAGGUCUGGCCGUUGGUCUUCGCGACUUUUGGAAGCGAUUCCCAACUGGCUUCGACAUCUCUUCCGCUGCGUCCGACGUCGGAAGUAUCACCCUCUGGUUGUACAGUCCUUCUGCUGAGCCUCUUGACCUCCGGCCCUACCACGACGGUCUUGGUCAGAAGAACUACACCGAUCAACUCGACGCUCUUGAGAUCACUUAUGAGGAUUGGGAACCUGGCUUUGAUACACCUUACGGCAUCGCCCGAACCAGUGAAUUGUAUCUGAUUGCCUUUGACAAGACUCCUUCCCAGGAGACGCUGGCCGACCACGUCACACAGAUCAACAACCCUCCCGUUCUCGUUCCUGAAAGCGAGUAUAUCCAGCAGACCAAGGCCAUCGGUACAUACUGGGCUCCUGCCGACACUUCAACUGCUGCCUCCAAGAAGCUCGAGGACAACAUCAACUUCCUCGCCAAGUUCUACCAGUCUGAGGUUGAGCACCGCCGUUGGUAUGGCUUCCUUGAUUACGGUGAUUUCAUGCACACUUACGACCCCGAUCGUCAUGAGUGGCGAUAUGACAUUGGCGGUUACGCAUGGGAUAACUCUGAACUCUCACCCGAUCUGUUCUUCUGGCAGUAUUUCCUCCGCACGGGCCGCGAAGACAUCUACCGCUUUGCCGAGGCUCUGACGCGUCAUACCGGCGAGGUCGAUGUUUAUCAUCUCGGCAACUGGAAGGGUCUUGGAACGCGACACGGUGUGCAGCAUUUCAGCGAUAGUGCAAAGCAAGCCCGUAUUUCACAGCCUCAAUAUCGCAAGUACUUUUACUACCUUUCCGGUGGUGACGAGCGCAUUGGUGAGCUUUUCGAAGAGCUUCUUGACACCGACAAGACAUACGGUGUUCUGGAUCCUCAGCGAAAGGUCCGCAAGGAUGGUUGGGUCCCUACGCCGAACGCGACUGUUGCUUUCAGCUUGGGCACAGAUUGGGGUGCGCUUGCUGGUGGAUGGCUCAUUGACUGGGAGCGCCGGGGUCCUCGAUGGGAGGAGUCUAAGGCUAAGCUGACUAGCACUGUCAAGAGCAUCGCUAAGCUCAAGAACGGUUUCGUCACUGGCAAUGGUCUUUACAAUCUCCAGAACUGGACCCUUGGCCCACCUCCCUCUGAUCCUGACAACAAGGGCCACGUUGAAGUCUCGCAUCUGAAUGCCGUCUUUGGUCUCCCCGAAGUUGUGUCUGAGCUGAUACUGUACUUCGGCGAUGAUUUGCCAGAGGGCUUCAAGCAAGCUUGGCUCGACUAUUGUUACUAUUUCGAAGCCACCGCUGCUGAGCAGAAGGCUCGCUAUGGCGUCGACUUCGGCAAGCUGAACCUGUACCAGGGUCACUCGCGUCUUACAGCUUAUGCUGCGAACCAACAGCACAAUACGACCAUGGCCAAUCUCGCUUGGAAGAAGUUCUUUGAGAGUGACGGAUUCAAGGCACCCACCGCAACAUUCACUACAACUGAGAUUCCGGAGCAUGAGGGACUUAUCCCUGGUGAGGAAGCGCCUUGGAUCUCUACGAAUGAUGUUGCGCAGUAUGGAUUAGCGGUGAUUCAGAACCUUGCUCUUGCUAGGGAUGCUCUCGAAGAUUAUAAGCCAAAGGCAUAA